CUGAUUUGAUUCCGCGCAAUCCGCCGGCUUCUGAUCACGGAGCACAUGGCCGGUCGAAACUCGAAAUCCGGUCAAAAUGACCAGAUCGAAAUUGAAUCCGGUGUUCGGACGUUGCGAAGUUGAUUUGAAAGAUUUUUCCGCCAGAAAAUGCUGUCGCCGGGCAAUGUUUUGAAAAGAAGAUUUAGCCUGAAAACGACCCUCUCAUCGAAGGAAUGAAUGCACAGAGAUUCACAAUACGAAAUCUCAGAACCUGGGAUCAGCCUGCGUCGGAUUAUCGGAAAUGAUUCCCGAAGGAAGAGGCUGCGCACGUGAAAGGCGAGGAAGGGUCGAGCCGACCCUUUUCUUCAGGGAUGCCAGGGUGCGGCAGUCGAAGGGCACAAGUGGCCGACCUGCGAAGCAACGCAGGCUCACGUUGACCUCGUUUGGAGGUUCAAGUCACUGGACACCCUGACUUCGGCCCUCAAACCUUAUUGAAGCUCAAAGACUCAGUCGGUGGCAUCGCUCAGGAGGAAGGAAGGAUAAGUUUGCAAUUUGCAACUUUUUGCAGACGGACAUCGAUCAAACCUCGUCAGCAACAAGCACCCUGGCCAAAACCAGCCACCUUCAAGAAGGGUGAUGCGAGCGGAUUAGUCCCUUGAGGCUCUGUUGUCAUGUACCCUUGGUAUCGGGACGCCGGACAGCUUGGACAGUUCAACCCUCAGGCCAUGCCAGCGGCCAUCAAGACCGAGACCGGCUACAACGACUGCAUGUUGGCCCUCGACUACGCAGCACAAUCCAAGAAAGCCGCGUUCGUGUGGUCUUCGCCGCCACCGGCGUCCGAAGUGUCGUCGGCGCACAGCGGCGGCAAGGCCGGGGGUGUGGUGGCCGGGGGGACCCCCCCGGGCGCCGCCACCCCCGGCUCGGCGCAGGGCCUCGUGCACUGGAUGAGCGUCAUGGCCGAGCACAUGAACAACCCGCACUCGCACGACGUCCACUACAUGUGGAACAACGUCGAGGUGAGCAAAAGGCCGUAUCAGUCCAACAAGAUGGCCCAACAGGACUGGAACCGCGCGCCAUCCAAAUAUAUUAUCGAGGCGAAAAUGAGCUCGGCCGAUCAGCAGAACUCGAUGCAGAAAGGCAGCAGCUUGGACGACGGCCAUCAUCAGCAGGGUGCAGCCAUGUACGGAGGCGCAGGGGCCACCCCGCGCUCCACCAGCAGCACCUCAUCCUCACCACCCAUCGCUGGAGCACCCGGAGGCACGGCGCUGCCCUCGCAGCUCCAAGGCGCAGUGACCAACGGACGCAAAUACUCCUGCAAAAUGUGCCCAACGGGACGAGGACGGAAGCGAGCCAAGUUUUACAACAAUCGCGAUGGCAAUCUGUGGCCCAUUGAUGGUUCAGGAGAGAUGUUCGGCUCGAAGGCGGAACUGCAGUUGCACUCGCAGCUGCACAUGCGCGAGGCGAAGCCGUACAAGUGCUCGCAGUGCACGAAGGCGUUCGCCAACAGCUCGUACCUGUCGCAGCACACGCGCAUCCACCUGGGCAUCAAGCCGUACCGCUGCGAGAUCUGCCAACGCAAGUUCACGCAGUUGUCGCACCUGCAGCAGCACAUCCGCACGCACACGGGCGACAAACCGUACAAGUGUCGGCACAUCGGCUGCAACAAGGCCUUCUCGCAGCUCAGCAACCUGCAGUCGCACUCGCGCUGCCACCAGACGGACAAGCCGUACAAGUGCAACUCGUGCUACAAGUGCUUCACGGACGAGCCGUCCCUCCUCGAGCACAUCCCCAAGCACAAGGAGUCCAAGCACCUGAAGACGCACAUCUGCCAGUACUGCGGCAAGUCGUACACGCAGGAGACCUACCUCACCAAGCACAUGCAGAAGCACGCCGAGCGCGCCGACAAGCGGCCGCCCAUCAUGGGCGCCAGGCCCCCCAACGGCGGGGGUCCCAACGGGGGCCCCGCGUCCCCCGGCGCCCCCAACGGCACCAACUCGCCCGUCGAGCACGCCGCCUACUGGAACAACAAGGACAACCUGGACGGGCUGCACGAGCCGUGCCUGCAGCCGCCGACGCCGAGCGGCGCCACCGUCGCCAACAUGGCCGCCUCCGAACGGCUGAUGGAGGACGUGCGGCAGCAGCACCUGCAGCAGCAGCAGCAGCAGCAGAGCUACGAGAUGCCGGUCAAGACGACGUCGGCCUUCACGCCCAUCCAGAGCGCGGCCGCGUCCAUGUUGCCGCUGGCCGCCGCCGCCGCCGUCAGCAACAACCAGCUCAUGGCCCCGCCCACCUCCAGAGGACCAUAUCACUUGGCGUACGAGUCGCUGUCGUUUCCCAAGGCCGUCACCUCGGUGGCCAGUUCGCACGGCCACCUGGGCGGCGGCGCCGGUGGCGCCCCUGGCGGCGGCUCCUUCCCCAACCAACUGAUCUCGCUGCACCAAAUCCGCAACUACGCGCACCAGCCGCCCACGAUGGCCGGCGAGCACCUGCUCGGUCUCAAGGAGAAGAGUCAGUAAAAUGAUGGUGUCAAGCAAACGUUAGUUGUUUGUACAGUUCUCGGACACGCUGCAGUAGCUGUUGAUUUGCAGACUCAUUUUGUGCGAAUGUUGCGAGUUUUAUUUGGAAAACGGGCGCGCAAGAAUCCUCUCCUCACCCGUUUUUAGAUUGUAAGCUUUGUAAAUAAAUUAGUUCGUGUAAAGUUGAUCCAUCUCUCAGAACUCGGAUGUGUAUGUGUGUGCAAAGAAGAAGAAAUUUUACAACAAUAAAAAGGGCCAGUAGGAUUUAAGAGCUCGUACAUUUUCAACCCUAAGUUCAAACACGGUCGUGAGAUGCCAAAAUCAGUAAAAAAAAAGAAGUGACUUUGAUGCGAAUCAAUAAUUUUUAACGCGUUUAGAAUGAAUUAAAGGAAAAAACGACACACGAUACUGCCCCUUGAAACUGUGUAUUGUAUAAAAUGACAAGAAAAAUCUCUUUUAAACUGUAAGAUGUAGAAAAUCUAUAUAGUGUUUGCCUUGUGUUGUCAUUUAAGUUGUUAAUUAUAUAUACAGAAAAACGAACCACAUGUUUUUAUCAAUAGGAAAAAUGAGAGAAAAAGCGAGAGAGAGAGAGAUGAUUAAGUUGUGACAAAGACUGCAUUUCAUUGCAUGACAUUCAUGGUAUAUAAUAUUAUAAUAAUUGCUGAACACACACGAAUAGGACCACAAGCAGCAGUCCUCAUUUUGCCCAAACACAUUUUUAAUUUUUUUUCCUUUUUUAUUUUCAAAAAUCUCAAACUGAAACGUUGAAAAAAGGGAUGGAGCGACUCACACACACGCAUAAAUUAAAUUUGCAGGUUUCUGAGCUAGUGAUGAGAUGACUUGAUAUUCAUUUCAACUCUCAACGACGUUUUAUCAUUGUCUACUGUCAGUGUUUCGAAAUACAGGGAAAAAACAGCAAAAUAUUUUCAAUGUCUCUCAAAGUUCCGGUGGUUUAUAUAAACAAAAAGAAAAAGAUCUCUCUGUUUGCUACUUAUGAAAAAAUGAAAAAUACUGUCCAGCGCUGGCUCAACGGGAAAUUAUUAAUGUUGCAUUUCACGUGUUUGCUGUGCGUGUGAUAAACGCAAUCUCAGCUUGUUGUUUUCGGGAGGAAAGAAAGUGUGAAAAUUCGAAAAGCAUUCUUUCUCAUCACUUAUGCGAUCAAUUCUCUGUCAAUUUUGGCGCAAAACGUGCGCCGAAUUAUACAAAUUUUGUCCUCAGGAUUGGCAAUAAAAUGCGUGAUCGAACGUUAGAUAUAUUUCCACAGUGCAUGGUCUUUCUCGAUUGUUACUUAAUUUUACGAUAUAGUUAAUGUGUAUUGAUUGUGACAAGCAAGCACGAAUUGCAAAAGUGUGGAGAAAUUCGUCGGUGACUCGAAAAGGCGGAAAAAUAAAUGUGAAUUUCGUCGCCUAACUAAGCUUCUAAGCACACUUUUCUCAAACAUCUAUGUCCACUUUUCUCUACUCUUUUUGGCAAAAAACUUAAAAAGAUUUCCUAAUUCCGUGGCACUUGUUCUUCUUCUCGUACAUGUAAAUAAAUAGCAAUAUAUUGAAAAGUCGUGUGCAGGCGGCAAGCUCACAUGGUUCAACGCCGCCUAAUGUUAACAGAAAAAAAACAGACAAACAUAAUGAAAAUGCAAUUAAUAUUAUCUCUGUGCACAACAAAACGAAAUUUUCGGGACAAGCUGAAAACGAGACUGCGUUUGAUUGUUUUAAAUUCUCAUCUCUCAAUCCACAAAAGACCACGCGCGCUAUUUUGGUUUUUUUGCUUAAUUUUUGGCGAGCUCAAUAUUCUCUUACGGUAUGUAAAAGUGGAAAAAUAAUUCACACGAAAAUUAGCAAAAUCGACGAUAAAUGAUGAUGUUUUAUAUUAAAAAAAAUGCAGCACCUACAGCUAAGAUGUAUAAUUUUUAAUUUUCAUUUGGAACACUUAGUAUACAGGAUAAUUAUGAAAUAUUAUUUGUGAAUGAUAAACUAUUAUUGCGAUAUUAUAACAAAAAACAAAAAUGUUAAUGUUAUUAUGCGAUAAACAAUAAAAAACAUUUUGAAAUAAU